AGUGAUCAAUAGGAGGUCGAGUGAGCCGGUCGGCUGCGCCUGGCGGCGGCGGCGGCGGCGGCGGCGGCGGCGGCGGCGGAGGCGGGUGUAGUGACGGCACGGAUCUAGAGCCGCCGCACGUGUCUGAGAUAGUGCCGGUGGAGGCGGCGGCUCACGCGGACGCGGGGUGCUGUUUUUGGUGCCCGGAGUGUGUCAUGACGUGAUGACGUUCGCGCAGUGAUGUGUCGACGUCAGUGACGCGAGCGAGCCGCGCCAGACGGGUGUCCGUUGGCGGCGGAGGCAUGAGCCAGCGGCCGCCGCACGUGCAGAUCGGCAGCACGCGACGCGGCACCGUCUCGCUCCUUAUCGACGGCUACCCAUUCCAGAAGAUACGCGACUCGGAGUCGCGAAGUUACUGGCGCUGUGCGCGACGCCAGUGUAGUGUGCGCGCCGUGCGCGAGAGGGACGUCGUGCGGUCAGUGUCUCACCUGCCUCACGAUCAUCCGCCCCCUCCGUCACACGGAGGUGCCAGCGUCACACCUGUGACGGGAGUAACGCCAGGUGUGCCUGGCACGUUAGCGGAACCGUGGCAGCCUCUGCAGCAUAUAAAGACGGAACCCUCCCCGGCUGCGUCGCCUCUGAUGGAACCCAGCGCGAGUGGUACAAUCAGUCCCGGGAUGGGAGUGUCGCCGGCGCCGGCGGGAGUGCUCGGAGUGUCGGCAGGAGUGUCUGCCAUGACUGGUGUGGUGUCUGGAGGACCAGGAACUCCCGGAGGUAUCCCUCCGGGCUGCGGAGUCCCCUCGAGCUCAGCCAUACCCGUCUGCGGCCCCGGACCUGGCGGAGGCACAGGUGCAAUUCCCACGUCUUGCCCAUGCCCAUCGUCCGUCCCCAGUGCGGCUCCAGGGCGACCCACCAUGGAGAACGCUGCCAUGAUCGUACUGGCCAGCAGGAGCACAGGACGGCUGAUGAUGAUCGUGGAUGGGUACACGUUCGAGCAGACCACUGCCACGGAUGGCGUGACCCUCUGGACUUGCUCAGAGCGUCACUCUGGCUGCACGGCGUGUGUGGAAACGACAGGAUCAGGCGUGGAGAAUCUGUCCGGGGUGGGGACGGGGCUGCCGCACACGCACGCGAGGAACUAUACGAGGUUGCCGGAGAACAUGGUUCCCGCCUCGGAACUGCCCGAUGGAGAGAGACGAGCGCUGGAGUCUGUGUGCGCGUCGGGACUGCGCGGUGGCGGAGGCGGUGGGGGAGGCAGUGCUGGAGGAGUCGUAGGAGGUAGUGCUGGAGUGGGUGUGGUAGUUGGAGGUGGAGGAAGGUCGGGUGUGUCCCCCAUGGAGACUCAAUCCGCACCAGAGGCUCCUCUGGUGGCCAGGGUGCGACCGGCUUCCCCCUCCACUGACCCCGUGCCAAAGAGGACGCGUGUCGAGCAUGAGGCAGCGAUUGUGGCGAAACAGACGCGAAAGCGACCACGCGAGGUCGACGCGUCGCCCCCGUCGGCAGCUACUGGACGUCCCGAACUCUCAGCGGAGAUGACGACGGGGGUAGACGGUCGUCCGGAGCUGGUACUUGAAGGGAACUGUUAUCGCUCAGUGUCGAACGGUGGUGACUCGGGUGGCAGCUCGCGGUGGAGAUGUGUUACGUCGCACUGUCCGGCAGAAGCGACCUCAGUGGCCGACAGACUAGUCUCUCUGUCAGGACUGCCUCACCGACAUCCUCCGAACGCCCCUCACAACGUGUUCUCGGCGAGGAUAUCGGAGCGACCACCUCCACCUCCUACUGUGAAGGUGCGCGUACAACCCGCGCUGGCUCCUCCAGCUCCGCCGAAACCUGCGGUCACUGUUCGAGUACAGGUCACCGGAGGAAGGGGGUGCAUCUCGCGACCUGCCCCCACCGCUGCGGUGGCCGGAGGGUCCGCCACGCCUUCCACGGACGGAUCGGAUGACGUGUUCAUGUGUUCAGCGCCGUCAGCGAGCUCCAAGACUGCGCUGACCUCAGGCGUUACCACGGCGACGACGCAUGUGAUGAGGCAGACCGGAAACGAUGGCUGUGCACGCGGUAGCAGCUCGCUGGACUCUGAGGAGGAGGCUCGGAAACAGGAGAUCGUGAAACUGACGGAACAACUUGUCGAGGCGAUCACAGUUGGCGACUAUGAGGCCUAUACGAAGCUGUGUGACCCUCACCUGACCUCGUUCGAGCCAGAGGCGCUCAGUAACCUGGUGGAAGGCAUGGAGUUCCACAAGUUCUACUUCGACAACGCAGUGUUGGGCAAGUUCCGGAAGGCCAUCAACACCACUAUCCUGAACCCUAACGUUCACCUGCUGGGAGACGAGGCGGCCUGCAUUGCCUACGUGCGGCUCUCGCAGUAUAUUGACAGGCAGGGUGUGCCUCACACGGAGCAGGCCGAGGAGACCCGCGUCUGGCACCGACACGACGGAAGGUGGCAGCACAUUCAUUUCCACCGCUCGCAGAACGGCUCCAAGUAAUCCGCCACCGCCACCGCCCACGCCCAGAAACGCCCGAAAACGCCACCGCCCGACGCCCGACGCUCGACGCCCAGAAACGCCAGACCGCUGCAGACCCGCAGAGAAAGAGAGAAAGAGAGAGUGGGGAGGUCAUGUGAUCGAUUUCCAUGUAGGUGUUAUGUGUUCUCGCGCGUUUGCCGCGAAGGAGCUAGGCGGGGUGUGGGUGUUUUGUGAUUGGUGGGCGCGCGGCGAGCUCGAACGCUGAUUGGUGGAGCGCGGGCGGGCUGAGCGCGGAUUGGCCGGCAGCCGUCGGUUAGGUGUCUGUUGAUUGGUGGAGCGACUGGCUCCGUGUUCGCUGAUUGGUUGUUGGGCCGGCGCGCUGCCCGCUGAUUGGUCGGCUGCCGGCCGUGCUGUGUGCUGAUUGGCUAGCCGGUCGGCCGGCUGAUCGCCGAUUGGCCGAGCCGAAAGUCACAUCUAGUCGAGGAGUCGGCGGCGAAAUCAAAACCAACGCAGCUGCUGUCCUCGCGCGGCGCCCCUCCGCUGCCGAACUUUGACGGUCGGCCGCUAGGUGGCAGGCGCAGCGCCGCCGCCGCCGCUCGGAUUUGAUGGCUUUUUAUUGUGCCUGCAAUGUCCGUACUUGCGCCGGGGAGCGCGCGCGUCCUGUCUUUAGGUGGUUCCCCUCUCAUUCUGCCCACCCGCUUGGGACUGUAUUUGUGUGUGCGUGCAAUGGUACAGGGUGCGCCAGCCAGCGGCGUCGGCUGUAUUGAUGCUAGGACGCGUUUGGACAGUCUCCACCCCUUUGCUUGUGGUCUUAUCGAGAACUUUGUCCGGGUUUUAUUAUAUCUGGUCUCUGACGCGAGUUAGCUUGAGGCUGAUUGACUGAACUAUUCUGGCCAGCCGCAUACAGGCAAUAAGCCAUUCAUUACCCAAUACUCUGCGUCCGUAAAGCUGGGUGGCGACUGCGACUGUGGCGCCGCCCUGGCGGCGGGUGACCGCAGUCGUAGUACCGACCGCCGCCGCCAGAUGCCAUGCCGGCCGCUGAUGUGGUUCUCUUCGGGCCCGAGAUGUUGGUGAUGUUCUUAACUAUCGUAGUCGGUAGUGAGUGAGUGAGGCCGCCCGCGCGCUGUGGGCGGCUCCGCCCCCGCCCCCGCCCCCGCCCCUCAGUCUGGUUGUCUGCGCCGCGUGUGUUGCGUGUGCGUCGUUUUCGCCAACUCUGGCGCGGCGUGAGAUGUGUCGAUUCGAGAGAGGGAGAGAAAACGAGCGAGAGCGUAUGUCUGUUCGUUCGACGUGGGACGGGUUGAGGCAGAGGGAUGGAGGAGUGGAGAGAGUUACGGAGAAUAUUGACGUGAGCAGGAGGUUGAUUUAGGUUUGGGUGGUCGUAUGGUGCCCACUGAGACUCUUACGGACCUUUUUGAGGUAUUGAUGUUGGGUGUUUUAUCGACCUAUUUUAUUCACAAAGUGCAUCGCUAAAUAAAGAUAGACUCUCUACGCACAA